CAAUCCUCACACUGACAAACGUCCUCCUCUAGACAUUUCUCUCUAAAGCUCUCAUCAUUAGAACUCACAUUUCGAAAGAAUGAUGAAAAUUAAUAUGAUCAAUCUAGUAAUUCCAUUAGUCCCUCUUUUUAUUAUUGCACUAAUAAAGGGGUCAUGGCCAAUUGUCUCUCCUUGCUUGCUCUCACUUCUCUGCCUCUUCCUUCCACUGAUUCGCUUCUGGUUAGUUCCAGGCGGCCUUGCAUGGAGGAACUACCGCAGCACCGGCCCCACGAAACUCAAGGGCCCGAUGGGGUGGCCCAUACUGGGCUCUAUACCCUCAAUGGGCUCACUUGCCCACCGUAAGUUGGCCGCUAUGGCGUCUUCAUUGGGUGCAAAGCCUGCGAUGGCCCUCAGCCUGGGGCUGACACCGGUGAUCAUCAGUAGCGACCCCGAGACCGCCAGGGAGAUACUCUGCAGCCCUUCUUUCUCGGACCGUCCCGUCAAGGCCUCCGCUCAUCUCCUGAUGUUCGAGCGGGCGAUCGGCUUUGCCCCUUCUGGCACCUACUGGCGCCACCUCCGCAGGAUCGCUGCGAGCCACAUGUUCUCCCCCAGGAGGAUCAGCGGCCUAGAAGGGCUCCGGGGGAGGGUCGCUGACGAGAUGGUGAAGGAAGUGAGCAGGGAAAUGGGAGGUCGAGGAUUCGUCGAACUGAGAGGGACACUGCAGAAGGGAUCGCUGAGCAACGUGCUGGAGAGUGUGUUUGGGAGUGAGAGUGUGGAGUUAUUGGGAAGGGAGGAGUUGGGAGUUUUGGUGAGGGAAGGGUAUGAGCUGAUGGCUAAAUUCAACUGGGAAGACCAUUUCCCCCUGAGGCUGUUGGACUUCAAUGGAGUGAAGAGACGGUGUCAUGAGUUGGCUCUUAAGGUUAGACAUGUCUUGGGGAAGGUCGUGGAAGACAGGAAGAAGGCAAGAGUUGGGCUAGGGUUUGGUAACGGCAAUGAUUUCCUCAGUGCUUUGCUCUCUUUGCCAGAGGAAGAUCAGCUGAAUGAUUCGGACACAGUGGCCGUUUUGUGGGAGAUGAUAUUUCGAGGAACGGACACGGUGGCAAUACUUCUCGAAUGGAUAAUGGCCCGGAUGGUCCUUCAUCCGCACGUGCAAGCAAAGGCCCAGCAAGAGAUCGACACGCUCGUGGGAAGUGGCCGACACGUGCAAGACUCCGACAUCCCUAACCUCCCUUACCUCCAGUCCAUCGUCAAGGAAGCCCUGAGGCUGCACCCUCCUGGCCCACUCCUCUCAUGGGCUCGUCUCGCCAUCCGCGACGUCCACGUGGGCAAGCUCCUCGUCCCUGCUGGCACGACCGCGAUGGUCAAUAUGUGGGCCAUAACCCAUGACCCGUCCUUGUGGAAAGACCCGUGGGCUUUCAAUCCAGAUCGGUUCCUCGAAGAGGACGUGUCCGUGAUGGGCUCUGACUUGAGGCUCGCUCCUUUUGGGGCGGGCAGGAGGGUGUGCCCGGGAAGAGCGAUGGGCCUCGCCACCGUGCACCUGUGGCUUGCUCGGCUUCUCCACCAGUUCAAGUGGCUUCCAGCCCAUCCAGUCGAUCUAUCAGAAUGCCUGAGGCUGUCUCUUGAAAUGAAAAAGGCUCUAUCUUGUUAUGCCGUUCGCCGGUAUGACAUUCCCCUCCCGACAUGAGUGUUCUUUACAAGAGGCGAGUUGCAGGGUCGUGAUAGUUUUAUCGCGUCAAUCGUGCCGCAUAACACGCUCCUGCAAAAAUCUGUAAAUUACUACUUUCAUAAUCAUAACCUCCAACGAGAAAUGGUCGGAGGUAGAGUUAUUAUUCCUCGUGUAUCUUUGUCUUGACAAAGUAUCAUAUGCUCGGAGGAUUCUAUAUUAUAUAUGUAGAAUAAUUGUAUCAACCAUCUAUCAGGGAAAAAAAAAAGAGAAAAAAGAGAGAGAAUAAUUGUAUCAA